AUGGCAACCGAGGCUUCCCAGGACAUUGUGAUGGGCUCUCCGCCCCCGGCGCCCGCUGCGACAGACGCUGAGCCCAAGUAUGGCGGCUUCUCGCGAUUCGAGAUCGAGCUCGAGUUCGUCCAAUCCCUCGCCAACCCUUACUACCUCAACCACCUCGCCUCCCAGAAGCUCCUCAGCCAGCCCGCGUUUGUCGCCUACCUCGCCUACCUCCAGUACUGGAACCAGCCGCCGUACCUCAAGUACCUGACGUACCCGGGCCCGACGCUGCGCCACCUCGAGCUGCUGCAGCAGGAGAUGUUUCGCCAGCAGAUCAUGAGCCCAGAUGUGGUGCAGCGGCUGGUGGAGGAGGGCAUGAAGGCCUCGGUGGAGUGGCACCGGGAGUGA